AUGCUUGGACAGUCAAACUACCUCGCACUUGUUGGCGGCGGCAGGCAACCGAAGUUUCCACAGAACAAGCUGGUUAUCUGGGACGACGCAAAGCAAAAGGUCGUCAUCACUCUCGAGUUCCGUACAUCCGUUCUCGGCGUCCGGUUAUCCAAGUCACGUAUCGUCGUUGCGCUACUCAAUAGCAUUCAUACGUUUGUCUUCUCUUCUCCGCCGAAGAAGCUAGCGGUUUUCGAGACCACGGAUAAUCCUUUGGGGCUGGCAUGUCUGGGACAGAAGGUAUUGGCAUUUCCUGGUCGGUCUCCAGGGCAAGUUCAACUUGUUGAACUGGAAACGGGGAAUGUUAGCAUCAUACCUGCUCACAGUACACCACUACGUGCCAUGGCUUUGAGUCCCGAUGGAGAGGUGCUUGCGACAGCCAGCGAAGCGGGCACUUUGGUGCGAAUAUUUGCUACGAGCAACUGUGCAAAAAUGGCCGAACUUCGGCGCGGAGUGGAUCAUGCUAUUAUAUUCUCACUUGCCAUCUCGCCAUCAAACAACCUAUUAGCCGUGACAUCUGACAAGUCUACCCUCCAUGUUUUUAACCUCCCACAUCCCCGCAACGCCCCGUACAGCAACCAGCAAGCAUCUUCAUCUGACGACGGAGUGAACAAGAAAUGGGGUAUACUUGGAAAGAUACCGCUGCUCCCGAGAGUGUUCUCUGACGUCUAUUCAUUCGCAAGUGCACAUUUUGAACUGGGAGAAGAAGAGCCAGGACCCACAUAUGCACCCCCGUUGGGCACAGUACUAGGACGACCUCCGAAAGGUGUAAUAGGUUGGUCGAACGAUAAUACCAUACUAGUCGUUGGCUCUGGUAGUGAUGGCAGGUGGGAAAAAUUCGUUCUCCGUGACGACGAAGAAGGGAAGAAACACUGCAUAAGAGAAGGCUGGAAGAAAUAUCUGGGAAGCGGGAGCUGA